AUGGUGGGCAGUGCUUGUCUGAGAGCCUUCGGGCCUCUGCGAAGCAAGAUUGGAGGAAGAGGGUUGCUUCCGCGGGAAACCGGUCAGGCCAGUCCCAGGGAGGUGCUGCGCGCGCACCUGCGCCUGCGCCUGCGCCCUACAGUUGUAGAACCCUGUCCUGGAGCGCCCAAAGCCUCCUUUCCCUGGAAGCAGCUCACUGCUGAGGUCACUGUACAGUGGUUCUCUUCACCCCAAGUCGCCCCAACUAUCUUGAGGAAAGAUACCCGCCUCUUUAGGCCCCACCAGCCUAGGGUUUUAGACGUCCUUCCCCCUCCGCCCCCGCCAGACCCCGAAGACAUAACAGGAAGUUUCUACCAACACCCUUCUCUGGGAAAUCGGGAUGGAUGGCAUUUUGAGAACUUUUCGUUGCGCGACUACAAUAUGGCUGCAGAACUCUUCCCGUCACGUCUUAACGCCAUCGCCUAUAAAGCGGGAAGAAGAAACCCCAGGAUUGGCUUCGUAAAGCGGUAUCCUGGAAGUUCUACAGACAGAAGCUGGGGUCAUCAGGAAAGAAGUAACCUCACUUGGUUAAAGAACUGCCUCCCUCAGAUCGCCUGCGGGUAGCUAGAGCCUCACCCUGAUUCACAUCUCUGUGACAUUUGCCUGGCAAGCUUGCCACUGGGACAAACAAUGUGACACCUGUGCCUUGGUUUCCUCAUUGCCUACCUGGGGCUGACUUUGAUGGAACUGCCUCAGGGGCUGACAGAAGGGCAAAGGAACCCGUGUGUUGGAAAUGCUGAUGUCAGGGUCCGCCCACAGCAAACCUGGAGUCUCACACUUUCUUCUUGCCUCCUGAAAGCUGGACACAUUUAACAUACAUGUUCUGGCCUCUCCCAUGUGAGCCUUUG